UCUGAGUUACGAUAUUGAUAGCAUAAAGACAUUUUUAGUCAAAUAAAUAUAUUCAUUUACCCCCUAAGGAUAAAAAAAGUUACCUGUAAGUAGCCUAUCCCAAUGUGUCAAAUAAAUGUAAUAGCGUGCUCUUGCCUGAACAGUGCAGCUGCCUGAGCAUAUAACAUUAUUCACAUUGUUAUUACACCCGGAUUCACAGCUUAUUCCAAGCAUUGGAAGUGGAGAUGUUGGGGAAACAUUUUCUCUGGAUUUAUCUCAUUUCGGUGUCUUUUACGUUAUUUUUCACUGAAGAGCUGAAGAGGGAUGGACAUAAACAACAUGAAAAUGAUUCAGUUUGGAGUCAAGGGAAACCCAGGAGACUGUUUGCCAGGAGAAAGAUUUCACCCCGCCAGGGACAACACUCUGUUGCAAAACACAAGCCUGAGCCUGCAGCUCCUGCCCAGCGGUGUGGUCGUCUGAUGGAGAGCUGUCUCUAUCAUACCCCCUGCUGUGACCCCUGCGCCUCUUGCCGCUGUCGCCUCUUCAACACCGUCUGCCACUGCUUGAGACUGGGCCUACACUGUCCCAAGAAGACCUAGACACACACACACACACACACACACACACACACACACACACACACACACACAGCUAUUCACCACAAAUAUAUACACGCACGCACACACACACACACACACACACACACACACACACGCACACGCACACGCACACGCACACACAAACUUCCACUGAACUGUCCCCAAGAAGACCCCCUGCUCUUUCCAUGUCAUAGACUGACCAGGCAAAUCCAGGUGAAAGGUAGGAUCCACUAUUGAUGUAAUUUGUUAAAUCCACUUUAAUCAGUGUAGAUGAAGGGGGGGAGACAGGUUAAAGAAGGACUUUUAAGCCCCGAGACAGUUGAGACAUGGAUUGUGUAUGUGUGCCAUUCAGAGGGUGAAUGGGCAAGACAAAAGAUUUGUGCCUUUGAACGGGGUAUGAUAGUAGUUGCCAAGCGCACCGGUUUGAGUGUGUCAAGAACUGCAACGCUGCUGGGUUUUUUCACUUUCAACAGUUUCCCAUGUGUAUCAAGAAUGGUCCACCAUGCAAAGGACAUCCAGCCAACUUGACACAACUGUGGGAAGUAUUGGAGUCAACAUGCAUCCCUGUGGAACGCUUGCUACACCUUGUGGAGUCCAUGCCCCGACUAAUUGAGGCUGUUCUGAGGGCAAAAGGGCGUGCAACUCAAUAUUAGGAAGGUGUUCCUAAUGUUUUGUACACUCAGUGGAUCUCUCUCAUAGAGGCUGGAAGAGAUCACACAGAGUGACUUACUUCACAGAUAUUCAUGCAAAAUUCAUUUCGACCUCAUGAAUGACAGAUUACAUAUUGUAAGGCCCACAAUAAUUUCCACGUCUGUAUCUAGACGUUGUAUGAAUUCAUUGUGGACGUGAAACAGUAUCUGUUUCAUGUCCUUUCCGACAUAACUAUAUUCAUUCUGCGUUUGUGUAACUAUGCACCUCUGCUAGAUUCUGGGUCAUGUUGAUCCAAUGCUAACCA